AUGGGUCCGUCCGGGAGCGGCAAGACGUCCUUACUCAACGCGCUCGCGUUGCAAACCCCCGCGAGCGAUCGCGUUCGGCUUAGCGGCUCGCUCGCCGUCAACGGGCUCGACGUCGGCCGCGAAGGCUCAUCAGACGCCGAGCACGCGGUGGCCUACGUGCAACAGGAGGACGUCUUUUACUCGCAACUGACCGUGUACGAGACCCUCGAGACCGCCGCGAGGUUGCGGAUGGGCGCGGGCGCGACGCGCGAGACGCGCGAGUUGGCGAUAACGGCUCUGCUUCGACGGUUAGGGUUGACGCACGCGAGAGAUACGCGCGUCGGGGAUAAGAAGACGCGCGGUAUCAGCGGCGGCGAGAAGAAACGCUUAGCGCUCGCGUGCGAACUCGUCGGGGAGAGCCCAGCGGUGGUCGCCGCGGACGAGCCCACGAGCGGCCUCGACGCGUUCCAAGCGCAGCGCGUCAUGGAGUCGUUGCGGGCGCUGGCGAGGGACGAGCGGAAGACGGUGAUAUGCUCGAUUCAUCAGCCUCGAGGUUCCAUCGUCGCGCUGUUCGACGACAUCUGCCUCAUGGCCGGCGGCGAGGUCGUGUACGUCGGCGCGAUGAAAGACGCGGCGUCGUGGUUUCAAUCCCAGGGUCACCCCGUCCCCCCCGGGGUCAACCCAGCGGAGUUUCUCAUCGACCUGGUUUCAAUCGACGCCACCGACGCGGAGAGCGAGACGCGGUCGAUGAAGCGUCUGAAGUCGCUCGUGGACGCGUGGCGGAGCGAAGGCGCCGCGCGGGCGGCCAAGAAGAAGACCGCCGCUGAUGGCUCUACUGUUACGAAUCCGGAUGAAACGGCGGGUGCUGGAGCGUUACAAUCAUCGGUACAAUCAUCGGUCGCGGCGGCAGGCGGCGGCCCCGGCGGUUUCUUCUCGCAGUUCGCGCUCCUGCUCCGACGCUCGUGGCGGCAAGUCCGCCGCGACAGAGCGACGAACGGCGUCCGCCUCGCGACGUCCCUCAACUCCGCGCUCGUGUUUGGCAGCAUCUUCUGGAGGAUGGGGACGAAGCAGAGCAGCAUCCAAGACCGGUUAGGGUUGUUACAAGUCAGCGCGAUAAACGCGGCGAUGGCGGCGUUGAUGAAGACGCUCACCGCGUUUACCAAGGAAAAAGUCAUCGUGAACCGCGAGCGCGCGUCCGGGGCGUACGGCAUGUUCCCGUACCUCCUCGCGAAGCUCGCCGCUGAGCUCCCGGUCGGCGCGUUCUUCCCGCUCGCGUUCGGCGCGGUAGUGUACCCGAUGGCGGGGCUGCACCCCGGGUUGGGUCGGUUUUCGAAAUUCUGCGGCUUGAUCACGCUCGAGUCCUUCUCCUCCGCCGCCGUCGGGCUGGCUGUCAGCGCGGUGGCGCCGUCCACGGAAGCCGCCGUCGCCAUGGGCCCCGCGGUGAUGGUUCUCUUCAUCGUCUUCGGCGGGUACUACGUCAACGCGGAGAACGUCCCGAGGGCGUUCAGGUGGAUCAACGGUUGCUCGUUGAUAAAGUGGGCGUUCCAAGGGCUCUGCAUAAACGAGUUCGACGGCUUGGACGUCGGCAGCGCGGCACGCGCUCAGGUCAACGUGAUGUCGUUCUGUUACCUCCUCACAUUGCACCUGUUGGAGAAGACGGCACCGAAGUUCGCGCGCAUCGAGGAGAUCUGA